UUUGUAACCAGACUCAGUUCCGGUUAUCUCAAAACUAAAAAUGAGCUUCAUACGACCUUAUACUGAGGUCUUCAGGAGCUUUGGGCGAAUAAUUAAACAGAAUGGAGGCAUUAUGAGUUCAGUUAAAACAAUGUUUUAUACUGAUGAUCUCAAAGAAGGAACAUUAAAAGGCACAGAUAAAUAUGGAAACAACUAUUAUGAAAACAACAAGUAUUUCAUAGGUAGAAACCGUUGGAUUGUUUAUAAUAGAAAUCAAGGGUUUUGUUAUGAUUCAUCUCAGAUUCCUGCAGAGUGGCAUGGAUGGCUCCAUUAUUCAACUGAUGAAACCCCUAUAGAUAAUCCUCCAGUAAAAAGGAAAUGGAUGGUAGAUGUGCACACAGAAAACUUAUCUGGAACUAAAGGAUGCUAUGUACCAUACAGUACCACAAGGCCAAAAAUAGAUAGUUGGCAACCUCCACAAUAAAGUUAACAGUUUCUGUAGUGAUGAACAUAUUUAUAAUGGACAUGGAGAGUCGAGUUGUUUUCGUGAAUUGAUUAAAAAAAAUGAAAAUUAAA